AUGUGUGGCACAAUGGACAUUCUAAGAAUAAAUAGCCACAUGCUGAUGAUGAUGAACUCGAAGAUGAUUGAACAGUAUAUCCUUCAGAAGAACAACUUGGAUCAGAAAACUACACCAGUGAUCCCGCCAAAAAGAGGUCGUGCUUCUACCCAACAGCUCCUGGCAGUAGCUGCCAAUACUUGCACACCAAUAACUAAUUUUAUUAUCGAUUCUAAGAGAAAAAGGGAAAGUGCUGAUCAUUCUCCUCCAGAAGAGCAGGACCAGCCCCAGAAGUUAAUCAAGAAGGGAGUUACUCCGGUGGAUUUCACAAGUUCUGUCUCAACUGAGCUAAAUGACACUGUGAUCAUGGAAAAAAUACUUGAAGAAUUAAAGGAUAUGAGAACAGACCAGGCAAAAAAACACAAGGAACUUACAGAUAAACUCAACAAGAAACUCAAGGAUGAUGAAAUUGCUUUUGAUGGUAUUCAAAAAAACUUGGACUCCUUAAGAAAUGAGCUGCAAGAUUCCAAGACUGAUCUAAACAAACGUAUCGAAGCACUUAAAAAAAUCACGAACGAAAUAAUCAAGCAGCUUAAUAGCCGAAUCGACUCCUUGGAAAGAGAAAAUAAAAAAACUAAAAUCUCAAUAGUCGGUCUUUCUUUGACCUCGAACAAUCACGCGGAAGAGAUCAAAAUAUUCUUGGAGUCCAAAUUUGAAGAGUGCAUCCCCAGUAUUUCGCUUAUUGAGUUCACCAUGAGGCUCAUAGUUGAUCUAGAACGAGAAAUUGAUUGGAACGUCAGGCAGCUGAUCAAACAGUUAAGAACCGAGGGAAAAAAUUGCAUAAGAAAAGGUAAUAAAGUAUUGGUUGACGAUCUAGUAUACUCAUGGAGCGAGAAGGCUAACAAGAUGCUGUCCCAGCUCAAAAAAAAUCACGCGCACUCAUCGUCAAUGGUUCAGUCCGGAAAUUUUUCAAAAAACUCUUUAAUUGGUAAUUUGGAUAUUAUAGCAACAUGCAAAACAUGGGUAACACAACCGUACAGUCCCGGUUUCCUAGAAAAUUUCAAUACAUAUUGGUCAAAGGCACUGAGAGAACAUGCGGUAGGCAGAGCCAGCGGAGGACUACUGACAGCAAUAAUUAAGCAACAUGAUAACUCGCUGAUUGACGCUUCACCUUGGUGGAUCUUCAACGAAAUUCAACUUGGCUCUUCUGUGGCCAUCCUUGGGUCAGUUUACCUGCAUAAAUGUCUUGAUUUUAAUUACUUACUCGAAACGUUACAGGGCACUAUUGAUGACAUUAAAGCAACCCGUUCGUUCGACUUAUUCAUCAUCGGAGGUGAUAUGAACGCAAAGGUUGGUCUGCUAAAUCCAUGGCCGGCAGAUCUCUUCGCAGGGUACCAAAUACUUGAUACUUUUCGCACAACAGAUGAUUCUACUUGUGAAAGAGGUCGGAAGAUCAUGGACUUCAUGGUUGAAAACGACUUCGUGCUUAUAAACGGGAAGACCAUCAGUGACUCUCCAGCCCAACCAACGUUCGACUGCUCUGGUUCGUCAAUCAUCGACCUAAUUUGGAUCGACAUUUCAUCCCUGCACGUUGUCAAUGAUCUAGAAGUCCUUUUGGAGACUUCUUUGUCUGACCACCACCCAGUCUGCUUAAGUAUCUCGCUGGAAACUUUUAUCCAACCUGACAAAAAUGAAAAUGUAAAAUCUGCACGACUCGUCAGAAUAAAUUGGUCUGAAAACGCUGCUGACCAGUAUCUUGAAUAG